GGCGUGGCCCCGCCUCCCCUCACUGUGCCAUGCCUGAGUGUGAAACGCUGCUGUAGCGCCGGGAACAGUCCGAUUACACCUUCCGAUUAUACCGAUUAUAUCGGUUACAGAGUCCGAUUAUACCGAUUACAGCGCGGGGCUGGAGGAGAGCGGUAUCGGACUGCGGUUCUGAAUCCGGAUUCAGGAGAUCAGCAGCUCCUCAGCACUGCUGUGUUUAAACCAGGGACUGUAGAGGCUAAAGAGGACAGUAAAGACUUUGUGGUGUUUGAAGAUGGGUCUCCUCAGGCUGCUGAAGACUCAAUUCCUGUGUCAUCUUAUUAUCUGUUAUGUGUUCUUGGUCAGCGGCAUCAUAAUCAACUUCCUGCAGCUCUGCACGCUGCCACUGUGGGGCAUCAACAAGCAGCUGGCACGCCGGGUCAACUGCAGACUGGCAUACUGCAUCUCCAGCCAGAUGGUGGCAAUGUUGGAAUGGUGGUCCGGUACGGAGUGCAGUCUCUACACGGAUCCAGAGUCCUACAAGCUGUACGGUAAAGAGAACGCCAUCGUUAUCCUCAACCACAACUUCGAGGUGGACUUCCUGUGCGGCUGGACCUUCUGCGAGAGGUUCGGAGUCCUGGGGAGCUCGAAGGUGCUGGCUAAGCAGGAGCUGGCCUACAUGCCUGUGAUUGGCUGGAUGUGGUACUUCCUGGAGAUUGUGUUCUGUAAGAGGAAGUGGGAGGAGGACCGCAGGACGGUGGCGCAGAGCCUUCAGCGCCUUCAGGACUAUCCUGAGAACUUCUGGUUUCUCCUGUACUGCGAGGGAACGCGCUUCACUGAGAAGAAGCACAAGAUCAGUAUGGAGGUGGCUGAGAAGAAAGGACUGCCCAAACUCAAAUACCAUCUCCUACCUCGCACCAAGGGCUUCUGCGUCACCGCCCAGAACCUCCGGGGAAAGGUUACUGCUGUGUACGAUUCUACGCUUAAUUUCAGAAACAACCAAACGCCAACCUUACUCGGGAUGCUUAAUGGGAAAAAGUACCAUGCUGACUUAUAUGUGAGGCGGAUUCCUCUGGACUCGGUUCCAGAGGACGAGUCUGAAUGUGCUGCCUGGCUCCACAAACUCUACCAGGAGAAGGAUGAGUUCCAGGAGCAGUACAGUCAGACCGGACGCUUCCCCGGACCCAUAGUGACCCCCCCGCGGCGGCCCUGGGCCCUGAUCAACUGGUUGUUCUGGGUAGGCCUGCUGGUCUGCCCUCUGUGCAUGCUGGUGCUGCAGCUGAUCUACUCGGGCUCGGCUUUUACUGUCGUCAGCACCGUCGUCCUCUGCCUCACAGCCUCGGCUGGAGUGCGCUGGAUGAUCGGACAGACUGAGAUAAAAAAGGGUUCCAGCUAUGGAAACAAAGAGGUUAAAGGGGUUCAGCUUAACAACAACGACUAAGAAGAGCACGCCACGACCACAGCCACCAACCAUCUUGGCGAAUGGUGUCAUCGUUCGCUCACGGGGGAGCACAGCGCCCGCCAAGAGAGCAGCUUUCCCAAGUGGACCAGGAUACAUGCAGCUAUUCACGUUACAUCAGUUUGUGGUGAUGGAAAAAAGGACAAAUAACAAAUAAAUGAACUGUGUGGAUCAAUUUGGAGGUGUAACUAAUCUGACGUACAUAUGAACAGAUGCAUUUGGGUGGAAAUGAUGAUUGUGUGAAGUGCCAUAUUUUAAAAAUGAGACUCUGUGUACCACGGUUUAAAAACCAAUCUGUUUAUUAAUCAUCUCUUUACAUUGCAAACACUAAAGGAACAACAGAGGACCAGAAAGGUUGGUGCCUGGAUUUGCGCAGCUCUCUUCAAUUAUGGUCGAAACACACUAUCAGCAUUAUUAUUAUUUAAUGAUGAUGGUGAAAUUCAUUUGGAGAAAUGAUUGAGUUGGUAUAACGUGGUCCAGAAUUGAAGAGAGAUUUGAAUAGAUUGUGAAUAGAUACUAGAUACUGUCGGUUCAGGCGUAACGGUGUGGUUGGGUUGAGCUGAGUUGGGUUUAAAGAAAGAAAAAGAAAAAAUAAUCGAUCUCAUCUACGUGGAAAUGGGAACCGGAUGGAGAAAAGGAAGGAAAAAAAAGGUUGGUUGGUUGGUUGGUUGGUUGGUUGAACUGUGUCCAAGUUCAGCAGCAGAGAGUCAAGUCAGUCCAACUCUCUCGUCUCUCAUUGGCUGGGUACACGCCUGCACCCAGAUCAUAAAGGCACACCAUUGGCCAAUACGUCACAACUCAUAACAGGCUUAAAUACAACUUAAUAACAGGCUGUGUGCGCAGAAAGGCCAAAUAAACACUAAAUACAAUAUUUAAAAUCAAAGAAAAAAAAAGAAAUAAAAAGAAAAAAAAAUAACCUUUUUCCCUUCAUUGACCUUCAGGCUGUGUUCAGACUGUCAGCUCAAAUCUGAUUUUUGUUGUACUUGGAUGGUAUCCAGAUUGAAAUCUGAUUUUGUGGUCUGAAAUUUGAUUACAAAUCAGAUUUGUAGAGAUGGAGCGACACUUUGCAAGCGACCUCUUCAUAUACAGAGUGAGGAAAGUGUGAGGGAGGUACAAGAAGAGCACCAAAGAUUAGUUACUGAAGCCGAACUGCAUACCAGAGCAACCCACGCAAAUACGAUUGUGAUGUCAAGACAGGCAAAUCCAAUCUGAACACAUACAGAUACAGGCAAAUAACAAAUCUGAUUGGCCUGCAGUCUGAACACAGCCUCACACCUUUCUCUGCCCUGUGUGGUGGUUGAAGCUCCUCCUCUUCUUCUUGUCUAUCAUCAACAACAUCGUAAGUUCAUGGCAUAGAAAUAAUUUAAACUUCUAAGCAGUGAUUUGCUCAAACUCCAAGCUCCAUUCCUCAAACUCCUCCUCCUUCUCCUCCUUUGUGCUUUGAGAGGCAACAGCUUUCCAGAAAAGUGCCAUUUGUUCUGUUUUCCGUUUCCUUUUUGUGUAGAACAUUCCUCGUUGCUUAUGGAACAAAAUUUGUCGUCUUCGCUGAGACAGAAGUGGCUUUACAAUAAGCUUUAUACAAAAGAUAAACCCUAGAUGUAUAUUCUUACAGUAUGUACAACGCGCCUCCACCUUCAUCUCCUGCGUCUCCUGCCUGCCACCGUUCAUUCCUCCACCAUUUAUCUCCAACCACACUUCCCCUUUUAGUCUAAUUUAUCUGUACAAGUAAGACUUGCUCUCUCACAUUUUCCAAAAGGGUACCGUGAUUGGAUUCGGAGCUAGCCAGAGAUUUCCCACAGUCUACUUUUUCCUCAGUCAUCACUGGUUAAUGAGACCACAGUUCCAUGAGAAUACCGUAUGCAGUAGUGCUAGCAUUUUUGUAAACGUAAAGGGAACGCAGGGCCACCACCGCCAACGCUGCUGCUACCAUCACCACCAUCUCCUCUCCUUAUCUCUGGUCAUUCUUCGUCUGUGCAGACCUGUAAUUAAAAAAACGAACACACACACAGUCAUUCAGGCUUUCAGUUAACAGCUGUGCUGAACUCGUCAAGAGUUUAUUACUUGAAUUUCUUGCCUCCUAAUGUGUUUGAGAGCAUCAGUUGUAAAGUUGUGAAGAGGUAGUUUCAAGAACUUUGAAAGUAUCCUCAAAUGCAGUUGCUGAAAAGACCAUCAAAAACUUUAUAAUGAUGGAACUGGCACUCAUCAGGACCAGCCCAGGAAAGGAAGAGCGAAACCAUAAGUUAACCAUAAGUUAACAGCUCCCCAUAUAAGAGCACCUAAAUGCUUCUUCACAGAGUACUUUGGUUUGUUUAACAGUAAUUUUAAGUUACUGCAUGAUUCCUUAUGUGUUUCUUCAUAGUCUGGAUCACUUCACUAUUCAUUUAGAAUGUAAGAAAAAUAAAGUAAAAAUACUAAAUGAGA